AUGUUGAGAGUGUCUAAUCUUUCUAGAAGGCUUGGUGUAGGCUCCUUGGGAAGGUUUGUUACUAGCCCUUUGUUGCAAAAAACACCAGUGCAAAUUUUUAGAUUUAACUCUUCCCAAAACAAAGAUGUGUAUGACCUUUGGAUCCAAUCUAUACAGGAACUACGAAAAGAGUUGAAUGACAAGCCGUGGAUCCCAGAAGUCUCCUUGGCACCCCCAGGACAAGCAAGAGCGGACAUGAGAGACACUAGCCACCUACAGUGGCAGCCAACUCAAGAGCAGCUGGAACAGAUUGCUGAGUUAAAGUCCAAACCUAUUCCUCUGAAAAAUGAUCCCCUCAUUGAACAUUGCACAAACCUCAUAAUGAAGGACGGAUUGAAGUAUAAAGCGAACCAAUAUUUGAGCAAGGCUUUGUAUUUGGUGUUUUUACAAAAAAGAAAAGAUCCUGUGGAGUUACUUAGAGGAUGUCUGGACAGCUUGGGACCAUUAUGUAGUACCAAGACCAUGAAGACCGGAUUUGCGAAGAAUGUUACCGUUCCGGUACCCUUAUCUACGAGACAACGUAACAGGUUAGCAUUCAAAUGGAUCCUAGAAGGCAGCGACAAGAGGGCAUCAAAGGAUUUCAGUGUCAGAUUGGCGGAGGAGAUAAUUAGUGUGAUUGAUGGCAAAUCGUCUGGAUUUGAGAAACGGUCUCUUAUGCAUAAACAGGCUGCUUUGCACAGAGCCUAUCUGAAGCUCAAAUAA